GCAUUGGCGGUGGUGGCAGAAGUGGUGGAUGGAUGGUGGGGGCGGUGACCCCGUGAACUUUUGGACGCACACUGCUGCUGUCACCGCCGUGUGAAUUGCACAACACUGGCGGGCGGGCUGGCGGGCGAACGCGCUGGGUCAGUGGCACGAGCCAGCGAGGGAGUGGUGCAGGGUGCUGGCCGGCUUCGCGCACUGCUCGGCGAGACGCCCACGCGAUGGCCCCGAGGAUGGCGGUGGAACAGCAGAAGAAGAAGGAGUUCCUCUUCAAGGUCCUCGUCAUCGGGGAGCUCGGCGUGGGCAAGACGAGCAUCAUCAAGCGCUAUGUGCACCACGUCUUCUCGCACGGCUACCGCGCCACCAUCGGCGUCGACUUUGCGCUCAAGGUGCUGGGCUGGGACGCCGACACCACGGUGCGCCUGCAGCUCUGGGACAUCGCAGGGCAGGAGCGCUUCGGGAACAUGACGCGUGUCUACUACAAGGAGGCGGUGGGCGCCAUGGUGGUGUUCGACGUGACCCGGGCAACUACCUUCGAGGCCGUGUCCAAGUGGAAGCACGACCUCGACUCCAAGGUGACCCUGCCGAGCGGCAAGCCCAUCCCCACCGUGCUGCUGGCCAACAAGUGCGACGGAGACGGAGGGGACGCCAGGGGCGAGUGGAGCGACACCGCUCAGCUCGACCGCUACUGCCGCGACGAAGGCUUCGUAGGGUGGUUUGAGACGUCCGCCAAGGAGAACAUCAACGUGGAGGCGGCCGCGCAGCUGCUGGUCCAGCGCAUCCUGGCAAACGACGUGUCCUCAGCGCAGGGCUGCCGGCGCUGCGAGGACACGGACAGCGUUAAGCUGACCACGAGGAACGGGGGUGCCCGCCGCAGGAAGUGCUGCCAAAAAUGACGCCGCCGUCGGCGUUCUGCCCCUGCCGCAAUCACCGUGCCACUGCCGGUGCUCUCUUGCCGGACCGGCGUCCAGAGACGAAUGAAUUCCCUGUUGGGAGCUCUCACAGCUGGCGCUGUAACAUCACCCACCACCGUCUGUCAGAGACCCCCUCCCCCACCCCCGGAGAAGAUGAGAUCACAGAACUGUACUUUUGUUGUUAUUCUUGUUUGGUUGUUGUUAUCAUGCUGCGAUGCGUUGAAUCCACUUGGGUCUCUGGCAGGGUAGUUGCGACCAUUUUGUAUUGGGGAACGGCCCGCAGAAGCGGAUAUCAAGGAGCUACCUCUGAGAGCACUUUUAAAGUGACCUCUGGUCCACGCAGUAGGGGGCAGCAUUUUCCUACCGAGGGCAAUGUUCGUUGCACGACAGUCAAAGUUAUAUGUUAAUUCUCAAGAGCUGCAAUUUAGCCAAAUCAAUCACAGAACCCAAAUCUAACGCGAUUGAGUCCAUCAACCACAGGACUUAAGAACCCUCAUUAAGUCACAGGCAAUUGCUGAAAAGGUGGAUUCGAACCCAGGAUCUUAUUGGUGCCAGCUCAGUGCUCUGACCUGAGCUGGUACCCCUCUACAGAUGUUUUAUGAAAUCACUUUCUUUGCCGGUUAUCCACGCUAGGUGGCACAUACUGCUUUGUCCUCACAGCUAGAAGAAGCAAAGCAGCAAAACCAAUUUAACGUUACAAAACGCCUCCUUAUCUGUCCCUUCACAAAAACAUUUUUUGUUAAAAGUAUUAUUUGUACACAUUCAAUCAACCUUCCGGGAGUGCAUAACUUUGUCAGCGUUGCUUCAAGCAACCCUGACUGUCAAUGAGACACUGAGUGUCAAAACCAGUCCACAGUUUGAUUGUGUUUAAACCAGGGGGUGUGAAACUCAUUCAGCGGUGCCGGUUUGGAUUCAAAUGCAACCUCAUAAUAAUAUCGUAUUAAUUUACCGAUUCAAAAAUCCGAAAGCACGGGAAAAGAGUUGAUUUAUUUUUAUGCGGCAGGGCGCGCGCCAAAUCCCCCGUUUGAAUGUCCAGUUUAAAUUCAGGUUGGAUUUAGGUAGAA